CUGUUUCAUUUUUUUCUUGUCGUAAAACUGAAGCUUUUGUUGCAAUACGACUAAGUACAUUUUUCUUCUUCAAUGGACUUGUUAAAAGACACGCGGCGUCGUGCGUAUGUCGACGGUUUCACUAUGACAACCUUUACGCUCGUGAUUCAAAACUCAGAUUUGAGGUAGGGGGAGGGGUUGGGUUAGAGAGAUAUUAUAAUAACAUUUUCAAAGCCCACUUGCUUAGUUCAUUAUGUAGCAUUUGGUUCAGCUUUAGUUUUUGCUUUCUCGAUUACAUACGAUAAAAAACGAUACAAUCGCCCAUUCUAAGUAGUGAUUAUAAUAAUAAAGAGAUUAAACAGCUAAAAUCAAUUAUCUCUCGUUGUAAACGAUAACCAGGAUGAAUAUUUCAUAGCUUUUUUUAACUUUAUGGCUCGGAAGGCAUGGCAGAGAGCACGACUAGGCAUUUUGUUAAUGUGUUAUUCAUCAGCAAUAAAAAGAUGGGUCGGAAGCACUUAGCAGUGUUAUUCUUGUUAUUCACAGACAAGUUAAUGAUCUUUUUUCUUGCCUCGAAUCGUUUUCGUUCUUUGUUUUUCAUUCGUUUUAAGUCUAUCAUUCAACAGAGUUACAGUACUUCCAUGCAGGAGCUGUCAAACACCAGGGCCAGCGGUUGACAGUAAUCACUAGGCGCGGAAGAAAUAAGCUGAAUGAAAUCUGGAGUAUUAAUAACCCAGUGAAAAGAACCGAAGAGAGCAAGGAAUAGAAGAAACUGGACGAUAUAACUAAUCACUUCUUUUGACGUCUUAACGCUGCGGAUGCAUUAAGAAAUCUUCUUAAACAAGUGCAUUUGAAAAUAUUGUUCAUUCAGYUAGUGGCUACGACUAACAGUGAAAGCAUAUAAGUGUCUACGAAGGUACAACAGGAAUAAGUCUCGGUCAUGGCUGAUCUUAACAAGACGUCUAACAUAACCUCAACGAUCAAACCCUUAGAUCGCCUGAAUAUUUGCAUGGAAUAUCUGAACGUACGAGAGGAAACAAACACAGAAAUAUCUUUGAAAAUCACAGCUUAUUCUUUGGCCCUAGGUUUGGCUAUGAUUGGAAACAUCCUUGUCAUAGUCAUCGUUCUUCGAAAAACCCAUUUCAAGACAACUACAAAUCUGUUCAUUGUCAACAUGGCGUUCAGUGACGUUAUGAUGGCGUUGAUUUGCAUGACAAUAUCUAUUUAUAGCAUCGCUGUCAAGAAUAUGGGACAAAGUACCUUUCAAGGGAUUCUAGGACUGUUGAUAUGUAAGCUACUACCGUUCCUCCAAGGGAUUUCUGUUGCCGUGUCGAUAUUAACUUUAUCCACCCUCGCUGCUGAUCGCUUUCUCGCCAUAGUGUAUCCUUUUCAAAAUUUCAUCUCCAAGUUUCGUGCCAAAAUACUUAUUGUAUUGAUAUGGAUGGUAGCAGCACUCUUCAACGCACCGCUUAUCUACGCAAUGAAGUUUUAUAAGGAGGGAGGAGUAAUGGUCUGCUACGAGAUAUGGGAGCCGUACUUCGACGAGGAAAGAGCUUCUAAAAACUACACAAUUGUGCUCUUCGUCUUCCUCUACGCCAUUCCUCUGAUCCUGGUCACGUUCUUCUACACUGCGCUCAUCAGGGAACUCUGGCGAGGAAAAUCUUUACAUUCCAACAAGACGCGAGCAUUUGCUGAGAACAAAUCCGUAGUUAAGAUGGUAAUGACUAUCAUCAUCGCCUUUGCAGUUUGCUGGCUUCCCAUUCACGUGAAUAAUUUCAUCGUGCUAUUCAGCAGUGACGAAAUGAUCAAGUACUGCGGGCUCAAACACAGCAUCAUUUUUAUUGGUUGGUUUAUGGGUCACGUGAACACUUCAAUCAAUCCCAUCAUUUAUUUCACCUAUAACGAAAAGUUUCGUAAAGAGUUGAAGAACAUGUAUCGAGCAGUCAGGGAAAUUUUUGCUGGAAAGAAGCGAACCACUUCCGCAACAACUGCGUUAUCAAUCGUGAAGCCCCGGAUCAUCGUCACGCAAUUCAACGCACAGAACGAUGUCGUAACGCUAGAGCCUAAGGUUGGAGACUUUGGUGAAGCAAACAGUGGUUUUGAAGUAUCUACUUAAACUUGCAGUAGCAAGUGUUAUUCCCAGAGGUCUAAACAUUGGUAAAGCGAGGAAUUUGAUGGGUCACGCAAUCAAAUGCACAAAACAAUGUACAUCGUUACUCUAGAGACUAAGGGUGGGGACAGUGGGGACGAUGUGCCGAAACAAUAAGAUGGCCGAGGUGUUGGUGGAGUUUGUUUGGUGUAGUAAAACUCUCUGGGCUCGCUAGGGAUCUCUCUGUCUCUCUCUCUUUAGCUGCGUCAGCAUCACCAUCUCGUUUUCAACUCCACAUCACAGGCGCCGGAAAGAAAGAUAUAUGUUCGAGUACUCGUCAAAUACCAUUUGCCGCGGGAAAAACGUGUUACAACAAUAGCACACAAGAAAGAAAAGAACUGGGUCGAGUUGCCAUUGCAGUGCAUUGUGGGACUGUUUUUUAUUUCCAAGAAGGCGACUAUUUCGUCCACAAAAACAGUCUUACAAUGCGCUGCAUAGUCGACCUCUAAAUGACUAAAAAGAUAUUAAAACAAAACCAUACAAGUUGAUGUAAAAUGUUAUAGUAGUUUGUUAAUAUACUUCUGCAUGGAUAUUAUAUAACAAGCUUAAACCCAGCAGCAUUAAUUACAGCUAAAAAUGAUUGUACAGUACAAUAAAAGACCGACUUGAUAACGUCAUGGUUUGACAUCUAUUCUAGGGCGCAGGGAAUCACGGUCUGUACUGGGUACAGACACCAAUAGCUGGAAUUCUUACUGAUAAAUGUUGACUUAGAAAGAUAUUCUAACCUACAGUAA